ACAGGGGGAAACAGUAGUCUUCUGUGAGGGUUAGACAGGGGGAAACAGUAGUCUUCUGUGAGGGUUAGACAGGGGGAAACAGUAGUCUUCUGUGAGGGUUAUACCAUCCAAAUUUCUAUUUUCACAAUGUUACACACCAGGCAAGACCUCCUAUAGCUUAUUACCAGUCAGUUUGUCCAUUUUGUAUUGAACAACCCCCAAAGUCAAUCGAAACUUAGUCAAAACACCAAAUCCAAGAUGGCGGAGAAGUUUGAGUCUCUGAUGAACAUCCACGGGUUUGACCUGGGCCCACGUUACAUGGACCUGAAGCCUCUGGGCUACGGAGGGAACGGCCUGGUGUUCUCAGCCAUCGACACGGACUGCGACAAACGAGUGGCGGUGAAGAAGAUCAUUCUGACGGAUCCUCAGAGCGUCAAACACGCCCUGAGAGAGAUCAAGAUCAUCAGGAGGCUGGACCACGACAACACCGUCAAGGUAUUUGAGACCCUUGGGCCCAGCGGUCGUCACCUAACAGAGGACAUAGUCUCUCUGACAGAGGUGAACUCUGUGUACAUCGUCCAGGAGUACAUGGAGACAGACCUGUGUCAGCUCCUGGAGAGGGGUCUGCUCUCUGAGGACCACGCCAGACUCUUCAUGUACCAGUUGCUGAGAGGCCUCAAGUACAUCCACUCUGCCAACGUACUGCACAGAGACCUGAAGCCUGCCAACUUGUUCGUCAACACAGAGGACCUGGUGCUGAAGAUAGGAGACUUUGGACUGGCCCGGAUCAUGGAUCCUCACUACUCACACAAGGGUCAUCUUUCUGAGGGCUUGGUGACUAAAUGGUACCGGUCUCCUCGCCUGCUGCUCUCUCCUAACAACUACACCAAGGCCAUUGACAUGUGGGCUGCCGGAUGCAUCUUCACCGAGAUGCUCACCGGGAAAACGCUCUUCGCAGGAGCCCAUGAACUGGAGCAGAUGCAGCUGAUCCUGGAGUCCAUCCCUGUGCUGAGAGAAGAGGACAGGCAGGAGUUACACAGUGUUAUCCCCGUCUUCAUACACAGUGACAUGUCCCAGCCGCACAACCCACUGGCCAAGCUACUGCCCGACGUCAGCCCACAGGCCCUGGAUUUCCUGCAACAGAUCCUGACCUUUAACCCCAUGGACCGUCUGACAGCAGAAGAAGCCCUAGCCCACCCCUACAUGUCUGACUACUCCUUCCCCCUGGACGAACCCGUCUCGCUGCACCCCUUCCACAUAGAGGAUGAGGUGGAUGAUAUCGUACUGAUGGACCAGGGUCACAGCCACACCUGGGACAGCAGGUACCGUGACAGUCAGCUUUCAGAAGGGGACUGGCACCUCCACACCCACAGCACUCUGGACACUGACGAGGUACAGGUGGACCCUCGGGCUCUGUCUGACCAAACUGACGAGGAGGAGGUUCAGGUGGACCCUCGUAAGUAUGCAGACGGAGACCGGGAGUUCCUGGACGAUCCCUCCUACGGCUACUCCUCCCUCUUCACUCCCGAACGCUCGUGGCCCGACCCCGAUGACGAACACUUCGACCUUCACCACGAGAACAAGUACUGUGACCUGGAGUGUUCCCACACCUGUAACUACAAGGUGGUGUCUCCGUCCUACCUGGAUAACCUGAUCUGGAGGGACAGCGAGGUCAACCACUACUACGAGCCCAAGCUCAUUAUAGAUCUGUCCAACUGGAAGGAGCAGCAGAGUAAAGAGAAACAGGCUCAGGCUGCAGGCAGAGACAAGGAGCACAAGGCCCAGAAGAGCAAGUGUGAGAAGAAUGGCCUGGUGAAGGCUCAGAUGGUUCUACAGGUAGAGAAGGGCCCGGUGGAAAAGGACUCCCAGCAAGAGAAGAACCAGACCCAGACUACUCAACAGAAUCAAGGCUUUGACUUUGACUCCUUCAUCGCCGGCACCAUCAAACUGAGCCUGCGAACUGAGCCCAGCGACGUGGGACUCCUGGGAGACGUGGGCCUCCUGAGCGAGGUGGGAGUGGGCCUCCUGAGUGAGGUGGGCCUCCUGAACGAGCUCAACUCGUCUGUGUCCCAGCUGGAGGCUCCGCGGUCAGGCUCCAUGUCCAAAACCAUCAGCCAGGAGAAGGAGGAGAAGUGCCUGGUGAACUUUGCUCAGGUCAGCAUCACCGUGGGGACCGCUGGGUCUGGGGCGCGUCCCGCACACCCCUGGGAGAGCUUCGGAGGAGGGGAGAGGGUGGAGGAGCGGAGAGGGGGGUGUCUGAUGGACGGGGCGGGGCGCUGGGACGUCGGGAAAGAGGAGCAGCUCCAGAAGGACAGCUGCUACACCAGCUACCUGGACAGACUGUUCAGCAGGAAGGACGAGGGCAGCGGGGAGAGUGCUGCUAGCGCCGCCGACACCCCGGAACCUGAGCCCUCGGAUGUGGGAGGGGAGAGGGAACGGGACCUGGCGAGGAGCGGAGAAAUCAUGUUUAACAUGCAGCUGGACUCUCUGGCGCUGCCGGGAUUCGAUGCUACGACCGACGUGCCGCUCAAAUCCAUCCAGGCCUCCCUCGCUCCCUCCACGGUCAAAUGCUCGCCUCAAAUCGCCCACACAACCUACAGCAGCUUCUUCAAGCAUCUGAAUUAAAAAAAAAAAAAACAUAAAUGAUACCAUGUUCCUCACAGUGCAAGAUCUCUAGGCUGGUUCUGUUCUGUUGUCCUUGUAUUUAAUUUCAUUAUGGUAGUAAUGUUAUUUUACUUGAAUCAUUUCAUACCAGAUCGUAUGGCUCUUUUUUUUUUUUUUUUUUUUUUUAAUAUAAACUUUUAUUUGUAUUUUUUUUUAUUUUUUAGUUGUUGUAGGAGUUAAAGGUAAAAUAGACUGGGUUGAGAAGUUGCUAGCAGAUCAAACAUCAGAGUUAUUACCUCUGGGGUCACUGACCCUACCUGAGUUGAUCUCCACAAUUUUCCCUCAGCAUCCACCAACUGGCAGCAUUUACACUGCACACUGAGUACUGUAGACUAAAAGGAGAGGAGAGAAGGAAUGGGGAAGAGAGAAGAAAGGUGAAGAAUUGGAUAGGGGGAGAUAUAUGGAGGGAUAUGAGAAGUGGUGCGAUGCCAUGCAGAACAGCCCUGUUGAUCCUGCAGCCUUCCCCCUGAGCUCAUCACUGAUCUAAGACCUGUGGCUGAAUAAGUGAAAGGAAGGUUUGCACCCUAUCACUUAAACCAAUCAGACACUCUCAGAUCAGUCAUGUGGUCAACACAGGAAGAGGUGUAUAGAAAUCAUUGUAUCUGUGCCAUUCUGGUGUCUGUGACAGCAUGGCCAGUGCCAUUGAGGCUAUCUCCAUUUUAAAGUAGUAUAUUUUCUUCUUCUUUUGAUGUUUGAAGAGUGUAACGCUAAUAUUGGUGACUUUACCGCCACCUGCAGUCUUCGAGUCUUGAAACCAAAUCGUGUUAUUCAUUUAUUGUGGCCACUAAAUGGCGGUCAUAUAGCUUAAAGCCAUUUACAAACUAGGCAAACCAAUUUGAAGACGACAAUGCUCUGCUGAUCGCUCCCAACCCAUAGGAAUCCCCACCCAGUUCAAUACUUUAAAAUGGUGGAAGCCCUCAAUGGAAAUGUCCAUGCAAAAACAGGUUAUUUCCAAGUAAUGAUCUCUACAUCUCCAUGGGAGGAAGGAUAAAUAUCUUAACAGAGCCAAUGUGAGAAGAUGGAGGGCAUUGUGAACUAAAGAGAGAGGUGUAUUGUGGGAGACGUAGUCAUACUGACAUCACAAUCGCUGUAGGUCUUUUCACUAGGGAGGGGGGGACAGGCUUUUCUUUAAAAAAAAAAGAGGUUUUAUUUGAAAAUGUACUUUAAUUAUUUUUACCAAGUGUUUAAUUUAUUUCUGUAUAAUUUCCCAAAGGAGGCUUCCUGAAACCCCCCCAUUUCAUACUGUAGUUUUUUUGACACAUGAUGCCAGCAGCGAACCAUUACUCCUGGACCUUUUGUGAAUGUGUUAUCUACCUCAAGGUAACAGCAGCGAGAGACAUUCGAAGCCGCACUAGUGCUUUACACACACACACACACACACACACACACACACACACACACACACACACUACACAUACACACACACACACACACACACACUACCAUACACACACACACACACACACUACCAUACACACACACACACACACUACCAUACACACACACACACACACACACACACACACACACACACACACACACACACACACACACUACACACACAUACACACACACACACACACACACUACCAUACACACACACACACACACACACACUACCAUACACACACACACACACACAUACACACACACACACUACCACACACACACACACACUACCACACACACACAUACACACACACACUACCAUACACACACACACACACACACACACACACACACACACACACACACACACACUACCAUACACACACCACUCUCUCACUACCAUCCUCAUACACAUUGCAUUGACAUAGUGACCUUCUCUUCUGUUUUGACAGUCGUGUUUCCAUUAUUUAUUUCUAGCAGAUAUUUAUUUGAACGUGACAACGUGUUAUUUCAAUGUAACUGUUCUGGACACCGAGGCGUUGGACGAGAGGGACAGGGGGAGUGAGAUGGAAGGACAUCCCAUUUUUCAUUGUGUCACUAUGGUGACUCAUUAGUUAUGGUAGGUUGCAAGUUGAUAAUUCAUUAAUCUGUCUAAGUUAUAGAAGCUUUCCAUCUUCAAUCAUUUGUCAUUUUUAUUUAUAGGUGCAUUCUGUUUUUGUUGUUUUGGGGGGGGGGAUGCUUCAUGAGAAGCACCUAAGUCUUACUUUUUUCCAAAUCUAAAUGUAAAUUGUUAAAAUCGUGUGCAUGGAAGAAACAGGAGGUACAUUAAAACGAAGUUAAGGGUGUACAUCAUUACAUUUAAUUGUGUUUUUAUUACAUAUUUAAGUUUCCAAGCAUGAUACGAUUAAGUUCUGAAGGUGUAGCAUGUUCAACAUGAGGACAUUAGUUUUUGCCUUAAAGCUGCCUCUCCAUUUUGUAAUAAUCGGUUCCCCUGUUCUAUGAAAUAUCUCAUUUAAUAAACAUGACCAGCAAACAA